ACACCUGCUGCUGCUGAUUAGGGGCGGAGAGUAGCUGUUGAAGUUAUUUGGACAGCUACUAAUUCAGCGGGACGCGGAUGUUCCGAUAGUCUAUUGCUCGCUGCCAUGGCCGAACCACGAAGGGUUCAACUGACUACUCUGUCCAGUAAUGUCCCCUUGCAGUCAGCCGUGGGGGGUUAAACCAGCGUUACCCCCUAAAGAGGCGGUCACCGUUAAUCCAGUAGCUGUGUCGACCUCAACUUCCUGGGGAAGUCCAACCAAACAACCUGUAGCCACAUCCAACUCGUCUUGUCAGGGUAGUUCAACCAAACUGGUUAAGACCGAACGCUUUGUCCUGACGUUGUUUGAGCCAGACCAGCAUAGGUGUCCUGAGUUCUACUACUCUGAACUUGUUUACAAAAAGAAGAGCGUUCCAGACAAAGAUGUACCAAACACAAUUGAGCAGGAGAACAGAGAGAAGGAUGAACUUGGAGCGAUCGCCAGGAGAUUCGAGGAUAAAUAUGGAUGUGGGAACAAACGUAAGAAGGAUCGUAUUCAGGAUCUAGUGGACAUAGGCUAUGGUUAUGACAACGAAGACUCUUUCAUCGACAAUUCCGAGGCAAAACGCAGGAAGGAAGAGGGAGAAGUGAAGAGGAGGAAAUACCCUGGACAGGUGGCGACUGCAAACCCCACGGUGUCAAACACUGGUGUUCUACCUGACAAGAACAUGUGGGAGGAGAAACCGAAGAAGAAGAAAAGGAAGAAGCCUGCUGGUCCUCUGAGUGUCACAGACAUGUUGAGAAAGUUCCAGAAACAGAAAGACAAAGAGAAACUAAAAAGAGAGAAAGAGCGAGAGAAGUUUGUUCUGGAGAAGACUACACUACCCACAACCCCCUAUGUUUCUGCAGACCCUUCUGGGGGCGGCGCCAACAUGGCGGACCCUCUGCUCAGCUUGAUCGGAUCGACCAAUGACAGGGCGUUUCUCCAGGCAGCCAGCACUGUGGACUUUGACCUCGAUCUAGACACCCUAUUGGACGCCUCCGCUGAGACGCUGGCCAAUCAGGUAGUCGUUGCCAUGACCUUAACCAAUCAGGAGGUCAACGCCAAGACCUUGGCCUACAAGGAAGUGAACGGUGGUGACCCCCCUACUUCCACCCUGGAGAGCCACACACAGAUCCCCAUCGACCCUGUCCCUCACCCCCAGGACCAGAUUGACCUGGUCUCAGAAUCCAUCUCCAAGCCCCAGGCCCCAAAACCAUCUACACAGCCAGUCUCUGACCCACAGGUCCAGCCCACUCCCCUGCCUGAAGGUCUGUCACCAGCCAUGGAGAAGAGAGCUCAAGACCUGGCCCUGGCUGCUAAGGGGUUGGAGGGAGAGUCAAAGGUCAAGUUCUUCACACCAGAGGUCAACGCCAUCCUACUGGACAUUGAGCUGCAGUGCAGAGAUGUGAGUGGCCAGGUGCGUUCUAAGGUGUACACACACCUUGCUUCAUUCCUCCCCUGCAGCAGAGAGACACUGCUGAAACGGGUCAAGAAACUACUGCUGACACAGGAGGAGCCUCUCCAGAGGUUGAGGCAGGCAAUCGACAAGGUGAUGCCGGAACAGAUCUCCCGUUACCACGACGACUGCCAGGCCCACGCCCAGGCCAGGGCCGCUAAGAUGGUGGAGGAGAGUAAAGAGCGAGAACAGAAGGAGAACACAGGAUCGGAGGAGGAGGGGGAGGAGAGGAGUGGUAAACGAGUGGUGGGCCCCAGGAAGAAAUUCAGAUGGAACCAAGAGAUCAGGGAGGGCCUGUGCAGUGCUGUUCGGGUGAGGAUGGACAGAUUCAAAGUGGGGAAAGGUGAGACGCAGGGACCGGAGGAGUUCCUGAAAGCUUUCUUGGACACAGAGAUCAAAGCCCUCUGGCCGAAAGGCUGGAUGCAGCCCAGAGUGCUGCUGAAGGAGAGUAGAAGGGUCCACUGCCCUACUGCACCUCUACAGCAAGUGAAGAGGAAGUCGGUGAAGAAACAGUCCUCUUUGGGCAGUGCUCCAACUCUUCCAGGGACCUCCAGUGGGCCUGGGGAGCCUCAGGUUUUCCUUGGAGUUCAACCCCAGAACGGUUCACCUCUUCUGGGCUCAGGCGUAUCCACAAACCGCCAGAAUCUAGAUGACUCUCUGGACCAGGGUUGCAUCCUCACACCCCCCUCUUUAGGAGUUGUGAAGGAUGAGCUACCUGAGCUGAGGGGGGAGGAGAGUUGCCGGUCUGAUUUUGGUUCCCCCAUCGCUGUGUUGACCCCCUACGAUGAUUUGAAGCCUUUGCCUGUCAGCAUGUCAGCCAAUGCCAACACACAUGCUCAGUCAACGACCGUGAACACACCCCCUCAGGAGAACACUCACUCCCAGUCUCCUCUGACCGUGCUCGCUAACCAGGCGCUGGCGCAAGUCCACAUCCACAAAGACUACGUUUCCCAGGGGCACCUAGCAUUGACGCAGGACCUUUCACUCCAGAACGGCCACCCUCCUCCACCACAGAAGAAGAAGAAGAAACGGGUUUCUGAGGCGUCUGCACGGAGCUUGCCCGCUCCGGGACACAAACCCGCUCCGGGACACAAACCCUCUCCGGGACACAAACCCUCUCCGGGACACAAACCCGCUCCGGGACACAAACCCGCUCCGGGACACAAACCCGCUCCGGGACACAAACCCGCUCCGGGACACAAACCCGCUCCGGGACACAAACCCGCUCCGGGUCUUCCUGGGAUCCCUCUACUCCAUGCCCUGGGUUUCCCGCUCUCCGACUUUGGACCAGGAACCAUGGGAACGCUGACCCAGUCACAACAUUCCAAAGAAGCCCUGGUCACCAGCACCACUCCCGGAACGUUCCACCACGGACUCACGCACAAUGGCAGCCAGCUGGUGGGAGAGGGACCCAACGCUCAGAGAAAACUACAGUGAUCCAACCCUCUAGAAUGGACACGUGCAGUAAAAAUGGAGGGGAACCUGUGGGGGAAAAAAAUAAUGAUAAGAACUGGAUGUAAAGGCCUAUUGAGCCUGGAAUAAUGAUCUUGGAAUGGACACCUAUAAGACGUUGGAACUUCUGAGCCCCCGCUGAACAGAUUAGAUGGAACAUUCCUCGUCAGCAAUGGGAAGGGGUGAAACGUUUUAAAUGGGUCCCAGAGCUGCAUGUAUAUCACUGGCUAGCACAGUGGUGUUAUGAGGAACUUACUGAAUUGAAUGUGUUCAUGCCAUAUUAAAGUAUAUUUGAUAGUUUGGUCAUUCAAAUCAUGUAACCACGUUGGUAGCACGUUGUAAUAAAGCAUUUAA